AUGCCGCACAAACACACCCGUCGCGAGAAGGACGAAAACACCUUCGACCUCCCCCCAACCCAAAUAGCCAAACCACUCCCACCCACCACCAUCUCCAAAAAGAAAGAAAACGAGAAAAACAACAAGAAAAGAAAACCCCAGCAGCCAAAGAAGGGCGAUGAUCCAAAUCAGCAAAAUGACGCCCCCAAACCCAAAAAGAGAAAACGCGGCGACAAGAAUGACGAUGCGCCUCGUGCUUUCAAGAGGUUGAUGGCUAUCAAUGAGGGGAGGUUACCGCGCUCGGGGUUGGAUAAUGGUGAUGCGCCAAAGAAGAAGAAGAAGGGAGGGGACAUCAGGAAGCUAGUGGAAAAGGCGAAGGAGACGACCGCAGAGGAGAAGAGGGAAGAGCUCAAGAUCAUGCCGGGAGAGUCCAUGGCCGAGUUCAACCAGCGUGUUGAUGCUGCGCUGCCGAUUAGUGGCUUGGUUACCAAGACUAAGCUCAAGGACGGGAAGGAUCCGUUGGGGCUCAAGGUGAAGAGGACGUUGAAGGAGAAGAAGAUGCAUAAUAUGUAUGCCGAGUGGAGGAUGAUUGAUGCGAAGAUCAAGGAGAAGAGGGAGGAGGAACUUGAGGAGCUGGAGGAGAAGGAGAUGGAGAAUGAGGCCAUGGGGGUUUCUUGGAAGCUGGAGCAGGAAGCUGGGAAGAAGAAGAAGGGGAAGAAGAAGACAAAGUAUAUUGGGGAGGAUAAUGGGCCCGAGGGGGAUCCGUGGGCGGAGAUCAAGAAGAAGAGGAAUGAGGGGAAGGUUGGGUUGAAUGAGGUUGCGCAAGCGCCGCCCGAGUUGACGAAGCCGAGGAUGAAUAGCUUGGUGAGGGGGGCGAAGGUGCAGGUUGCGGAUAUUCCAAAGGCGGCGGGGAGUUUGAGGCAGAGGGAGGAGUUGCAGGGGAUUAGGGAGAAUGUGGUGGAGCAGUAUCGCAAGCUGAUGGAGGGGAGGAGGGCGGCGUUGGCUGCGGAGGGGAAGGAGAGGGAUGAUUAG